UUGUAAUUUCCUCCUAUUGGCCCCACUUUGACCAUCCAUAAUAAAUAGGGAAAUGUCCAUCCUAACCCAUUUGAACCAGUCAAUGAAGUCCCUCCAUUUUCAAGACUUGAGAUUGAGAAAGAAACCACUUCUUCAAUAUAUAGCACAAAAUUUGGAUAAAAGAAUUUAGACACACAACUACAAGCAGAACAGGAGAGAGAUGGGAGUAGUUGGUUGCAACAAUGAUGGGUACCUGAAUGAUGCCAAGUACAGCGAGCCUUUGCCAUGGAUUGGAAUCUACAUAGCUGCAGCCUCUUUGGUCUGCCUCUUAGCGAUGGCUGCUGAUCUCAUCCACGGCAUCGGCCACAGAAAAUUCUGGUUUCCCUGUAAGUUCUUCACUCUUAACUCUACUUCCCUAACCCUGAUAGCUGUGGCAAUCAAGCUUUGUGUGGAUCUCAAUACCUCCAUGCCUGGCAGAGAGGAUCAGCUUGCAAAGCUAAGUAGUGCUGUGCUGAUGUGCACCAUCAUGGCUAAUUGUAUGCCUUCUCUUGGGUCUAUGGAAAAUCAAGAAAUCUUUAUGAACGUUAUGGCUCUAGGGAUUCUUGUUAUUACCCUCAUCGUAAACGUCGGUAUGGAGAUUGGUACUGGAGUGAUCUACGUUUAUAUGAAAGAGCACGUUUCUAUUCUAAUCUCGAUGCUUGUUUUACUUGGUAUCUUGAGUUUUUCUGCUUCAGUUGUUCCAUCAACUAAGAGCUACCUGGAAAUGAAGUAUUGCGUAAGACAUGAAUUAGCAUCAAAAGAGUGUGCAGCAAAUGGAAAAGGAGACAAACCAGUCAUCGAAAGACUCAAAGUGGAUUUGAUGAAAUAUUGGAUGAUGUCUCAAACAACCAGCCCCCAGUUUGUGAUGGGCCGAUCCGCCACAUGUACUGCUUCUGGGGCAAUCAGUCUUCUUAGCGCUGCAAUUUUAGCAGAGGCUAUUCUUACAUCCUACUUGAUGAAGAGAUCAUUGAAGUUCUGCAACGGCCAGUCUGAUUAUAAAUGGUCAAUCACUUUUAUCCUCGUUAUACAGUGCGUAGCAGUUGUAGUGGGGACUGUCGCCCCGGCAAUCAGAUGGUUUACAGCUAUAAAAUUCAGGUGUCCAAACCUGAGAAAUGGAGGUUACAAGAAGGAAUUCAAAUUAGAAUACUACUGGAUUCGAUAUCUAGUAGAGAUGAAAGAGUCUCCAUUAACUAUCAGAGUUAAAAAUAGAAGAUGCAGAAAGCUUGCUCAUAAUGCAAGAAACACAUUUCUGGAUGCAUGUAUCAUCCUACAAACAGUAAUAGUGUUCAUAAGCAAAGUGAUUCGACUUAUUUCCAUUUUCUUUUUCAGAGGAAUCUUCUCAUGCUGUGACCUUUUCAAGAGUUUGAAAAACAGGCUGUGGUUUAACAGCACCAUUCCUCUCAGCAAUUCAGGGUCAGAAGAUGAUGCUGAUUCGAAGCUAGAUCUAAGUCGUUUCGUUCUGUAUCUUGAAGGUGAAGAUGAUCUGGUUCACGUGAUGGUAACAAAUAAUUAUCAUGCCGUACAUCAUUGGAUUCAGAAAGGGAAGAAGAAAAAACCUAAGAUUCUCAUUCACCUAUUGGAAGGAACGAUCAUAUCACGAGGUUUCAGGGGAGUGGCAGAGUUUGAUAACCAUCAAGUUCCAUGUCUAGAUUCCAAAGAGCCCCAAAAUUGCUGGGCGCUUCCUGUGGUGACAUUAACAGCCAUAGCAAUUUCUCUUCCAAAUAUAAGACGUCAUUUAAUCAAACAUUUGGUGACCGCAGUAAAUGAAGGCCUCCGAUACAUAAGACUCAUCGAAGAUUGCUUCGACAUGGAAGGGAAUUUCAUAAACCUAAAAAAAGCAGCAGAAAUGGUUUGGCUAGGAAUUGAUCUCCACAAUCAAUGGCUAGACAUAGACCUCCACAAAAUUUCACAUCAUAAAGAAACCCCAAACGAAGUUUUCCAACAGUUUUCAGAUGAAGCAAAGAAAAUGUACACAGAGGAGAAGACUACUAAUCAACAUCUAUGCUUGAAACUAAGUACUUCAAAAUGGCCAAUCAAGAUAUUGGCUACGAACUGUAUGUACAGAAUAAGCGAAUCGAUGCUGCUGAAGUACGAAAAGAAAUACAGGUAUACAAACGAACAAUUGUUCUUAGAAAUGGAAGCAAUGAUUUCUGGCAUAAUGGGAGCGUGCAUGACAAAUUUGGAGAAAGUGAUAUCAACAAAAUGUGCAAACUUUGUGAUUGAAAAACGAGAGAGGAGCGUGAGAGAAGCCGCUUACAUUCUGGGGAAAACAGGGAGGAUUUUGGAUCUCAUAGAAAAGACGACGGUUCCACCACUUGAUGAACAUCAAAUGAGGAGCAUUGAUGAAUGGCGAUUGGCUUACAAGCUGGAGAUGUAGCAUUCGUGGAAGGUGAAGGGGGCGGCAUACGAAGGUGCUUUCUCUGAAUUUGAGAGGAGUUGAAGCAAUGGAGCAUUGGGUGGAUCAAAGGAGUACACAAAUUCAGAUGCAAGUAGAAACCGUAGAAGGAUAUUUAGGUUUGAUGGUUAGUUCAUAGUUACUCAUGAAACGUUGUUGCAAAGUUUGAAUUAUUCCAGAUGGGUUCGGUGAAUGGGGUUUAGGGUGACACUGACACACCCUCUGCCCGUGCAACCGUGUCUACUUUUGUAAAUUUCUCUUCUCCUUUCUCUCAAACUUAGUACGGAAUCUUUCGCUAUUUGCAAACUAAUAUCCCACAUUUUCACAAUUUUAGUAUUUAUAUUAAAUGAAUUCACAUUUAUUCCUUUCA